AUGGCUGCCAACAGGUUUGCAACCAUGCUUCACAGAAACGGCACACACAAACUAGUGCUACUUCUGGUUUAUGCAGUCCUUGAAUGGGUGUUGAUACUGCUCCUCCUCCUUAACUCUUUGUUCAGUUACAUGAUCACCAAGUUUGCUAGCUACUUUGGCCUUCAAAAGCCAUGUUUAUGGUGUUCAAGAGUUGAUCACAUAUUGGAACCAGGAGAGCACAAGAGGUCAUAUGUUACAGAUCUCCUCUGUGAUAACCAUGCUGCUGAGAUAUCCCAGCUUGGGUUCUGUUCAAAUCAUCGAAAACUGGCAGAAUCAAGCAAAAUGUGCUGGGAUUGCUUGGCUUCUCAGCCGAGCCGUAAUGACAAGCUUGAAAAUGAUGAUGAUGAUGGUGAUGAUGAUGAAGAGACUGUUUUAAAGUGCUGUUGCUGCAAUGAGAACUUGAGUAGGAGACAGAACUUAGAUUCAUACUUAUUGUUUAGGCCUUCUUGGGGAUCUUUGGAGUAUGGUCAGAAAGGAGAUUUGGUUAUGGAAGCUGUGGAUGAUGAUGAAGGUGAGAACAACAAUGGAGGUGAGUUUCUGGGGAGAAUACUUUCUGAUAAGCUAAAAAAACAUAAGAGAAGUAAUGGAGAAGAACAUGAUGAGGCAGAACUUGUUACAGAUGAACAUCAUUUUCCUUCUAAUGUUUGUAGCUUUAACUCGAGAGAUACCAUGGAAGAAGAUUGUCUAAGCUCCUCAUCAAUGUUUAUAUGUUAUGAGAAGGAAGCAAUGGAAGAUAGCAAAGGUGGUUCCUUUGACAUUGCCCGACAAGGUUCUAAUGGCAGCAGUGAGAUUGUUCAGCAGAGCUCGGAUUUUACUACUGUCCAUUGUCCAGAAGAAGAAAAUAAUUUGAUUGAAGAUGUUCAAUGCACCUCCACCAAUAGUCUUAGAAUAUUUGACCUCAAUCAUAGAUUGGUUCCUAUUGAGUUGAUCGAUUCUUCAACUCAAGCAGACCGAGGAGGCAGCAGCUUAAAAGAAGAAAACUUGAAAGAGGAAGGUAAUCGCCAGGAUGAGAAAUUACGUUUUGAAUCGAUGAUUUUGUCGGGACUCAAAGUCUCUCAAGAAGGAUCAAUAAACAAGACGAACGAGAGUGACAGCAAAAGAGCUGGAAACCUAGAAAUGGUCAUGACUGUAGCUGAUCAAUCUUCAGUUAGAGCUGCUGCUGAUGGAAAACACAAAUUGGUCAGCAUGGAAAGUGAACAAGUUGGUUGUACUCAAGAAGUACAUGCUAUACAAAUCAAUGCGAGCGAAGAAGCAAUUGUAACACCAAAUAUCAGUCCAGAAACAGAAGUUGAGAAUGCAAAACAUUCUUUGGAUGAGUUGAUUGAAUCGAAAACUGUGGAGCGAGCUCAUUUGUCUGAUUGUGUUGCUGAUCAAGAACACUCUCCUGCAAAACACAAUGAUAUUGACAAUUCUAGUAAACCUUGCGAUGCAUUCGUGGCUCAGACCGACCUUGAUCUGGAGCUUACUGCGAAACCAAAAGAACAAGAAACAACGAGCUUCUUUGACACCAAUCAAGAGAGAAGAGAUCACUCAUGCAUUCUUUCAGAGCCUAAUGCAGUGAAGGAAGAGAAAUUUCCUGACACGCCAACUUCUACCGAUAGUCUAUAUCACUUGGAUAAGAAAAUGUUACUUUCUGAAAAAAGAGAAUCUGGGUCGAAGGAGUCCUUGGAUGGAAGUGUUUUAAGUGAGGUGGAAGGUGGUGAUGGAGUUAUAAGCAUGGAACACCUUAAAACAGCACUGAAAUCAGAACGAAAGGCAUUAAGUGCCUUAUAUACAGAAUUAGAAGAGGAGAGAAGUGCUUCUGCAAUAGCUGCAAAUCAAACUAUGGCAAUGAUAACAAGGCUUCAAGAAGAGAAGGCUGCAAUGCAGAUGGAGGCGUUGCAGUAUCAGAGGAUGAUGGAGGAACAAUCUGAGUAUGACCAAGAAGCCUUGCAGCUGCUCAAUGACCUCAUGGUCAAAAGAGAGAAGGAGAAGCAAGAACUCGAAAAGGAACUAGAUGAAUAUCGAAAGAAGGUACAGGAUUAUGAGGAAAAAGAGAAAAUGAGGAUGAUUAGAAGGCUUAGAGAUGGAAGCGUAAGAAGUAGGAAUUCUUCUGCCUCUUGCAGCCAUACAUGGGAUAGUGAUGGCCUAUCUAUUGAUCUAAACCACGAAUUAAGAGCUGAAGAUAGCAGCCUCUGUGACCACCAAGAAAACAGUAACGACAUCAGCACACCAGCUGAUGCAGUACAAAAUUUAGAGGAAAUAGCACUAGACUGUGUGAAGCACAUAAGCAUUCUUGAUGACUCUUUGACUGAAUUUGAGGAGGAGAGGCUGUCUAUUCUGGAUCAGCUAAAAGCGUUGGAGGAGAAGAUAAUACAAUUGGGAGGAGAAGACGAGGGAUUUUCCAAUGAUCUUAAACUGAUUGCAGAUUCAUCCAGGUCAAACAUAGAAGACUUUGAAGGGAACCAUGAUUUUAGCAGAAGUACAGGAGAGAAUGGGGUAUCAGAUGUUGGCAAUCAAAUGAAUUACGACUACACUGAGAGGAAGAAAUACAUGGAUUCCAUGGCAAAGAAGCUCCUUCCACUUCUAGAUGCUGCAGGUGAAGGCGAUGAGUAUAAUGAACAUUUCAUAACUGAAGAAAACCUCACAUCAAAACCUGUUGAUAUGCAAAACUCCUCAGCUUCCAUGUUUGCAUUGGAGAGCAACAAAGUAGGCAUUGAAGAGGAGGUAGAUCAUGUCUAUGAGAGGCUACAAGCUCUUGAAGCAGACAAGGAGUUCCUCAAGAAUUGCAUGAGUUCCAUUAAAAAGGGAGACAAAGGGAUGGAUCUUCUCCAAGAGAUUUUACAGCAUUUAAGGGAUCUAAAAAACAUUGAAGUUCAAAUGAGGAAUACUAAUGAUGAUGAAUGAAGGUCUUGGUGAAGUUGCAUUGAAGUAAUAUAAUGAUGCAACCAGUUCAGUCUGAUUAUGUCUGUUUUAAAGAAUUUGGCCGGAAGGGCUUGUGGAUUGACAUGUAAAUGGUGUAGAGAGAUUUUUCUGAGUAAUAUUACUUGCUUAAACGGGUGAUCGGAAUGCAGGCCAAAGAAAGAAAUGAAGGCCCCAUGUUUAUUUGCUGUCAGAGUUUGUUCUUUGAAUUUAGAGUAAAAAUGUUACUGUAAAGUCCACGAAGUUUCAAAAACACUUCAUCCAACGAAAGUGAAGUGAGAUGAAAAGAAGCAUGUGCAUUACGUGUGUUUGGUGAAUGAUUUAUCUACACAUACCAUAUGCAUAUGACAAAUUUUGUUUAUACGAUUUCCUUUUAUCAUUCAGUUCUACAUCUUUCCUGUUAUUAUUCAGUUCUACAUCUUUUGAAGGUUAGUUAAAAUGACAUCUGCGGGGCAUAAAUAAAUAUGGAUCAGAAUUGUGUGUU